CACAGCCACCACAUCCACGCUAGCCACGCCUCGUCGCGGUUUCCUCACGACGCGUCGACUCGCCGCAGCUUCUUCUUCAACAUCACCACAUCAGCUUCCGACCGUGCCAGUUAAGGAACGCUACCAUCAAAAUGUCUACCGCCAGAAGACUUGUCCAACGAGGCCGCCAGCACGAAGAAUCGUCGCCUGCUCCCCGAAACCGUCAGCGAAGGCAAGAUGUUGAAGCACCAGGCGAGCCUACACCACUUCCUCCAUACGAGCCGCCAGCUUGUCCCCUCUCAGCGAAUGCCCAAAAAUCGAUUGAAAAUAUUCGAACUAAUCAUGAUUCCUCGAAAUACAAGAAGCAUCUCAAGGGCGCCAUCGAUUCCAUUACUACUGCAACAGCCGACAACAAUGAGAGGCUCGCUGCGCACAAGACUCAAGUACAACGACAUGCGGAGCAGAGGAGAAACAACCACAUCCCGGAUGACGAAAAACCAGAACGACAUAUCGAAGAAGAAGUAUAUACCAGUGGUUUAGAGGGGCAGGUCUCAGAUCUCACGACCAAGGCCGAGAAGGCUCUAAGAGAUUUGAUUGAUUAUGGCAAUGAGCUCGCAAUGCAAGAUUCGAUUAUGAAGGAAGUUAGUGAGAACCUUGCAGCAGCUCCCGUUGCUCAGCCCGCCGCAAGAAGAAGACGAAGGGGCUCAGACGCCGAAGAGGACGAGGAAGAGCCGCAAAAUGAGAAUGCUCCUGCCGCCGAUGAGAAUAUUCCCAGUGCGGUAGAGCUUUUGAAAGAGGCAAAGGAAGAGCAUACCAGGAAAUACACAUCUAAGAGCAUGAGAGACAGAUAUGCAGAUCAUAAUGACUACAGGAACUUCAAGCGUACCGUACAUGACGCCCUGCACCCUGGCGAUAAUCAACCUCCGGUUCCGCAUGCUAGCACAUGGUUUCAAGAGGACAAUCCGAAAGAGUCUGCUGGAGCUCGAAGACGGCGGAAUAACACCACUGAUAAUGCUAACAAUUCCGAUGACGAUGACGACGACGACGAGAUCAAGAUGGUUGGAUUGUCCACUAACUUGAGAUGCCCCCUGUCUUUGCAGGUGUUCAAGGAACCUUACAGCAACAAUGUUUGCAACCACACUUUUGAGAAAUCAUACUUUUUGGAAUAUUUCAAGGAUACUGCUACUGUCUUUGCUGCACCCGGCCAAGGGCGUCCCCGAGGACAGCCACCUCAAGGAACUAAGCAAGCGAGAUGCCCUCAAUCCGGAUGUGAAAAGAUGCUCCGGUUGGAAGACUUUUAUGACGACCAGCUCAUUGUACGCAAAGUGCAGCGGAUGGAGAAGGCAGCUGCUCAAGCAGCAGAAGAUGACGAUUCUGAGGAAGACGCUCGUCCGCGGGGGACGCAGCGUAAUAGACCGACACAGAUAGACGACGAAGAUGAUGAAAGCGUUGCUGAGCAGGAGCAGCGCAGGAGAACCAUCACGAAUAUCAAAAGAGAGGGGCAAAGGAGCCAUGGUAUACGUCUCGCAAGAGCUGCAGCUUUGAUGCCUGACGAAGAAGAGCCCGAUGCGAUGGACACCGAUUGAUCUCGCCAUUGAGCUUUGUAGUUGUCAUGAUAUAGUAGAAGUUGCUCUAGGAAUCCUAUUAGAGACAUAUUUCUUACACAGUAACGUGUUCCACAACAGAUAAAUGAACCGUACUCUAGUUUUUCCUCCGAAACCUAUCAAAUUACCAAAUAGAUAUCUACAUCCUAUCAUGAAGGUGG